UGUGGAGCGGAAAUAUCAGCGUUUCACGGUGCAAGUAGGUUGAUUUUAUAGCUCACCGAAAAAGAGCAGUAGGCUGUUUUGUGCAUCACGCGGGGUGUAGUUAGUGUAAAGAAUUUUGCUCAAAAUUGACCCGUAGAAGUGUUCCGCUGUGCUGUGAUUUAUUGAAGUAUCGCAUUUCAGACGCGCGACUCGCUCUCCGAUACGGAUCGUUCACCGCUUGAUCAAAACUGACGGCAAUUACUACUACUUAGCGCGGAACCUCACCACUACAGCGACUUCCGCACGCAUUAGCGCUCGCGUGCAUACGCAAAUUGCCAACCAACGCGCAACGUUUACGAGAAGCGGAACGAACGCUCGAGAGCGAGAGAACGAUAUUCGACUGGCCGCAGCGUUGAAUUAAAAAUAAAGCAAAACCCACGUCACCGACACCGCCACCGCGUGAACUGAUCAAGCCUGGUUACACGCUGCCCUUACCUUCCCCAAUGUUGUUUGCUCGCUAAAACAAGCGCAAACGCACGCACACCAGCGCGAAACGCAAACAAAUUGCGCGCAGCUAGUCGUAUUAGAGAUAGAGAUAGUGAGCGAGAAGGUUUUUCGCAAAUUCAGUUCCGACACCCGGUCGAGCUAGAGAAGAAGCUCAGUUCACGCCGUGCUUGCGUUUAGUAUUACUUGUGGAUUUCGUGCAGCAAGCAAGCCUCGCAAAGUUCGUCAUAAUGUUAUUCAUGUGCCAUCAGAUGGCGCUGGAGCAAGAAUCCAAGGCAAAGGAGAAGGCUAGUACGUCCACGCCACCAUCCGGAGGCAGCUCACCGGCGGUACAGGUACCGAACGCUGGUGGCGUCUCGACUGGCCACAUGCGUGAAGCCAACGUACCGAUCAUCUGGGUCCUGGGUGGCCCGGGCUGUGGCAAGGGUACGCAGUGUGCGAAGAUCGUCGCCAAGUACAACUUCUCGCACUUCAGCACCGGCGAUCUGCUGCGCGAUGAGGUCGCGUCCGGCUCGGACAAGGGCAAGGAGCUGCAGGACAUGAUGCGGCAGGGCAUUCUGGUGCCGAACGAGACGGUGCUGAAGCUGCUGGAGGCUGCCAUGGUGAAGGCGCUGAACGGUACCGUCGGCUAUCUGAUCGAUGGCUAUCCACGUGAACCUGCCCAGGGACCGGAGUUUGAGAAGUUUAUCGCGCCGGUCGACAUCAUCCUGUACUUUGAGUGCUCGAAUGAAACGCUGGUGGCACGUAUCAUGAAGCGAGCGGCUGAGUCGUCAACGGUUCGUGCGGACGAUAACGAGGAAACACUGAAGACUCGUAUCGCCACCUUCCGGGAGAACACGGAAAAGAUUCUGGUCCAGUAUCCCACCCAGCUGAGGAGGAUCAACGCCGAGCGUGCGCCGGAAGAAAUCUUUGCCGAUGUGGAGAAGUCGAUCGAUGAGCUGCUUGCAGCGAAGAAGAAGUAAACGCCCCCGCCUACCCACGGUCCAAAUUUUCUGUUGCUUUAUCAGCGCAUGCAAUCCAAGCAUCCCCGUUUCUGCACAAUCAUUCGUCGACCGUACGAGCGACGCGUCGGUGGCUCGGUGGCGAUAUAGUAGUGUUUAUUUAUAAAGCACGGUGUGCGUGCUGCACAGAUAUGAGAGCAGCAGCAAACCCCCCAAGACAUGACAUGUAGCAGAAUGACGGAGCGGCAAACCGGCAAUGAAACCAAAACAAAAUACGCUUAUCAAUUUCAAUAAUAGCUGUUAAGACAGUAGGACAAAAAUCGUGUGGCUGCUCUGUUCGUGUGGGUUUUUGGAGUCGAUGUGUCGGGAAGUGUUCGUGUUGAAUUUAUUUAGCGUAGCGUACCACUGCUCAAUCAAUCAGUGUUUUGUCGCGUUUUGACCGUCGUUUUGCAUACAGAGCUUUAAAGCCAAAGAAAAGCGUUCUAGAAGCCGUUCUCGAUUAGUCGGUUCGCUUCACCGAGAGCCGAAAAGAAUGAGUUAAUAAAUUUAUGUCUUAUUUAA